AUGAAUAUCUGGGCGCGGAGUCCUGAUGAUUCGAUUGUUGUGAAUGGGGAUGAAACCGGGGCAGGGGCCGAGGUUGUGCCGCGGAAGAGGCGGAGGAAGUAUAUUGCAAAGGCUUGUAAUGAGUGCAAGCGACGCAAGAUUAAAUGUAAUGGGGAGCGGCCGUGUGGUCGGUGUGGGAGGCAGCGGAUCUCGUGUGUCUACGAUAAUGCCCCUGAAGUCGGGGGCAGCGAGACGCUUGGAAUUGAGCGUCUCUAUGAGCAGAUGAAUGCCAUGCAGGCACAGAUUACUGCUCUCACGGCUUCUGUUCACUCGCUCGCCCAGAGUAAUAUCUCUGGGCAGGUUGCGCGACCCGAGGCUGGAUCGCGAACAAAUCGACGAAUUUCUAUGGCCCCCAAGGAAUCGGCCUUUCAGGGGCCAACUACGUCGGCCUUCAGCUUCGAUCUGGCCAAGUCAAGUCUCAAGGAACGCGGUAUUGAAGUUGAGCGCAACGAGGACGACAUGACGCGGGAACCGUCGCCGCUGCCGACUCCGCCCUCUGCGCCUACACUAGGAUCCUGCCACGUAGGAGACCCGUUGUGGAGUAUCGGAAAGACCGAAGCCCUCCGGCUGUGUCGCGUGUAUGAAGAGGAAAUGGGAGCCAUGUAUCCGGUGGUGGAGCUCGAACUGCUCCUGCAAAACGUGGAUCUGCUGUAUGGACCGACCGAGGGGGGUCCGUGGCCACGAGCACCGGGACAAGCGCAAUAUGAUGGAGGAUUAGACAGUGACGACGUGAAUAUUUUACGUCUUGUGUUUGCAUGUGCUUUGACCGCCGAAGCGAGUGGCCCUAGUGAGUUAGCAAUGAGCUUGUUCGACUCGGUGCGAGAUGCUGCGGAUCAUUACGUCUGGGCGCCUCCAGAGAUAAAAAGCAUUACACUACUAGCACUUGUGGCGAUUCUGUACUUUCAAAUCGAUGAGGAGACUUUGGCCUGGCGAACGAUCGGAAUUGUCGAGCGCCUGUGCCUGGAAAAGGGGCUACAUCGCCGGGAAACGCUCCAGCAUCCUUCGGUUGUAGAGGCUGGAAAGAACCGUGUACUGAAGUUAUUCUGGUCGGUGCGCGUGCUCGAUCUGAGAUGGAGUUUUGGGACAGGCAUGCCGUUCGGUGUGGACGACUCCGAUAUCGACCCUUGGCUCCCAGAGCCAGAAGAGAGCACAUCCUAUCUGCGCGCGAUGAUUCGGUACAGCAGGAUUGCGUCCAAAGCCUGGAGAUUCAUAACGUCUUUUAACAACACCAACGAGAUCAAGAAGGAUGAAAUGAAUUACCUCGAUUGGCAGGUCCUGCAGUGGGUGGCCGGGCUCCCGGAUUCGCUCCGGUUGCGAGACCCAUCAGGGUAUGCAGAAGGUGAGACGAGAAGCCUUCGUCGAUUGCGUUCCUUGGUCUACCUCCGCGCAAGCCAACUGCGGAUGCUUAUCCAUCGCCCCGUCCUACACUCGGCAGCACAAAUGAUGCGAUUCCCAACCGAGGCACAGACCGUAGUAGACAUGGCCAAGGAUACUAUCCGGUUUAUCACCCAGCUCCACGCAUCAUCCGACAUAUAUCAGUUGCAGCAGGUAGUCUUUAACUGGUUUCUGGUGUCGGCGUUGAUGGCUUUGUUCCUUGCCGUCGCGCAGAUACCUAGCCAGUUCAGCCCCUCCUGCCGUGAGGAAUUUUAUAUGGCGUUGGAGCUGGUCAAGGGUGUGUCGACGAAGUCAUACAUUUCACGGAGGCUGUGGAAGUCCAUCAAGGGCCUCCGUCGACUCGGGCCGCAAUUAAUGCAUCGAAAUGCCGAGGGCGACGGCACCGCCGAAGGCCUUAUUGAACAAACAGUAACAUCGAGCGUCCAGAGCCAUACGCCGGAUGGGGCGCAGAUGACGCAGGAGCUGAAGGAGUGGUUCGAGGCUGUUGGAAACAUGGAAGACCAGAUACUGGGGGUGGGAUCGCUGGAUGCCUUCAAUGAAGGGUAUAUGCUUGAUAACAACAGUGAACUGUCGAGCAUGAUGAAGGAUUGUUUUUGA